CACAAAACAAACAAAUGAUAGAAUAUCUCAGUAAGCUUAAUCAAAGAGCAACAAUGGUGGACGAGGUGAUUCUUCUGGAUUACUGGCCGAGUAUGUUCGGAGUGAGGACGAGGAUUGCUCUAGAGGAGAAAAACAUAAAAUUCGAUUACAUAGAACAAGAUCUGUGUAAUAAAAGUGCUUUGCUCCUCGAGAUGAACCCGGUUCAUAAGAAAAUACCGGUUCUAAUCCACAAUGGCAAACCGGUCUGUGAAUCUCUCAUCCAGGUCGAGUACAUUGACGAGACUUGGCCAAGGGAGAACCCAAUCCUUCCUUCUGAUCCUUACCAAAGAGCUCAGGCCAGGUUUUGGGGAAGUUUCAUCGACAAAAUGCUGCCGGGUCUAGGGAAGUUGAUGUGGGGAGUGAAAGGAGAGGAGCAAGAGGCGGGGAAGAAGGAGUUCGUAGAGAUGCUCAAGAUGCUAGAGUCUGAGCUUGGGGACAGGACUUACUUUGGAGGCGAAACAUUUGGUUAUGUGGACAUAGCCCUGAUUGGAUUCUACGGCUGGUUCGACGCUUUUGAGAAGUAUGGGAACUUUAGCAUCGAAGCAGAGUGUCCUAAAAUUAUUGCUUGGGCUAAAAGGUGUGUGAAGAGAGACAGUGUGGCUAAGUCUCUUCCUGAUUCAGAGAAGGUCACUGAGCUCGUUCCUGAGCUUAAGAAGAAAAAACGGGUCGGGUAGAUCCGUCAUUUUUAUGUUUUGUUUUUGCUAUGCUUCAAGCCAUUAUAAUAAUACAAACAUUCUGCGAGUUGGUUUGGGUAAUAAGAGCAUGUUUCAUCUUUGUUUCAUUACGAGAAAUGCUUCGAUGAUUUUUAAUAUUCUUGAUCUUGAUCGGUGGGGAAAGAAGUGA